UGGAGGAGUGGGUGACAGCGGCGAUGGCAGACGAGACAGUAGUAGCAAAACUACUACUCCGUCUCAAACAAUCACAGGCGACGGCAUCAGCUUCCGCGGUGCCAGCGGUUAUUCCCUUACGAUGGGGGAUGCGGCUUCCGAGGUCAAGGCCGGGAACGAUGACAGCAACGAAUUCUUCUUCAUUGAGAUGCGAUGUCGUUUUGAAAAGCAAGGAAGGCGGCGGCGGCGGUGGCGAUUCCUCUACUAGAUGCAGUCCUACCACUCCUCUAUCAUGGAGCGGUGGUGGUGAUGGUGGUGCUUCUCCGUCCGGUACUGGUGACGGUUUUGAAGAAACCAGCCGCCGCCACCUCAGCAGUUCUCCUCCGCCACCUGGCGUUAGAUCCAAGGGUGCUGGUAUUGGUGAAACCACUAGCAAUAUAGUGAAGAGGUCAAGAAAAAAGAAGACUUUUUCUGAACUUAAAGAGGAGGAAACGCAGCUAGUGAAGGAAGGGGUUUAUCUUAAAAAGGAGAUAUCAACUGUACGUUCAACAUUCAAGGAGGAGAGGUUCAGAAAUGAGAAUUUGAAGAGAAUUAAGAUUGAUUUGAAUUUGCAUUAUGGAAAUGAACUAGAAGCCUCGACCAGUAACGGCAUUCCAUCAACAUUGCCCACAUGUGCCAAAGGUGAUUCCCAUCUGCAAUCAAGCUCUUCUGAAACAGAUAAGGCGAUUUCAAAUCAUGAUAGAUCUUUCCUGCUACCUGAUCUAAAUAUGAUGCCGUCUGACGAGGGAGACGCUGGUACUGAAACUUUAUAUGGACUGAGUUGAGGAAAACAUGUAAACAGCCCCCCAUCUCAGCAUGUUAACUGUUUAGGCUGUGGCUAUGUGGUCACUACAGCCUUAUGCUUAUUGUAGAAGAGUUAAUCUUCACACCCGUUAAGGAGCUGUUUGGUAUAUAUGCAUAUUCAACUGGGAGGAAAGCCUCAGUUAACAACCGCCUCUUCUAUGUGCUGAUUCCUGGAAGGCAAAAGAAGUCAACCAUCGUGUAGAAGGAUGCACUGUGCCCAAUUAGACUGUAGAGACUCUAGUUCUGUUGCAGGUUUCUACAUUCUUCCGAAAUUCUUUGGGGUAAACCCUCAUUACUUCGUAUUUCGGGACACCAUGUAGAAAAAAUGGUCAUUCUUUGUCUGCUAAAGAGCUGCUGGACUCCCUUGUUAAAGCUUCUUGCAACUAAUUUUUACGGUUUUGUACCUCUAGACAAUACCUUUUUUCCUCGUUCUUUAAUUAAUUUGAGAAAGAAGGGUUAUUAGGGUUACUGUCUUCAGAACUUGUUUGUUAUGGGACGCUUUUCAAAAGCAAUAACAGAAGUGUAGAUGUUCAGGCGUUAUUGACAA